GCUUGCUUUGGUGACUCGGGAGGACCGUUGAUCAAGUCCACGUCGGCGGGUUUGGCGUUGGUGGGGGAUGUCAGUUUCGGUGAACCAUGCGCCAAGGGAUUCCCCGACGUGUAUGGUCGCGUGGCGGCCUUCCGGGCGUUCAUUGACCAAGCGUCCAGAGGUCACACGUGGGUGUAA